CAUUGAUAAAGGAAGCUCAGCCCAGGAGCUCAGUGAAAGGGCCGCUUGCCCCUUAAUAGGCUGGGUUUGGCUGUCUGACGUCAGGGUGUCCCUGCAUUAAGGCAUGCAUCUGAUAACACCAUCACAGGAUUAAAGCGAUCUGAGAGCUGGAGAAAUUCCCCUGCAGUCUGUCAGUAUAGCCAUCUGGACAUCUCUAAUCCCACCUAGAUCAGCAUCCCUGUGUCCCCUGGCCUCCUAGCACCAUGUCGGUAGCCGGGUUCAAGAAGCAAUUCCACAAAGCAACCCAGAAAGUCAGCGAGAAAGUUGGAGGAGCAGAAGGUACCAAGCUAGAUGAAGACUUCAAAGAAAUGGAAAGAAAAGUUGACGUGACGAGUAGGGCUGUGAUGGAAAUCAUGACCAAGUCAAUAGAGUACCUCCAGCCUAAUCCAGCUUCCCGGGCUAAACUCAGCAUGAUCAAUACAAUGUCAAAAAUUAGAGGCCAAGAAAAAGGACCUGGUUACCCUCAAGCUGAGGCUUUAUUGGCAGAAGCAAUGUUCAAGUUUGGCAAAGAAAUUGGUGAUGAGUCAAACUUUGGCCCAGCUCUGGUUGACGUGGGAGAAAGUAUGCGGGAGCUUUCUGAUAUCAAAGACUGCUUGGACAUUGAUGUGAAGCAAAACUUCAUAGAUCCACUUCAAAACCUACAUGACAAAGAUCUAAAGGAAAUUCAGCAUCAUUUAAAAAAAUUGGAGGGCAGACGCUUGGACUUUGAUUACAAGAAGAAAAGACAAGGAAAGUUAACCGAUGACGAAAUUCGCAUGGCCUUAGAAAAGUUUGAUGAAUCCAAAGAGAUUGCGGAGUCAAGCAUGUUCAACCUAUUGGAGAUGGAUAUUGAACAGGUAAGCCAGCUCUCGGCCCUUGUACAAGCACAGUUGGAAUAUCACAAGCAAGCAGUGCAAAUCCUCCAACAGGUCACUGUGAAGCUAGAACAUAGAAUUAGAGAUGCUUCAAAUCAGCCAAGGCGAGAAUAUCAGCCUAAACCUCGUAUGAGUUUGGAUCUGACCAUUCCCAGUGACCUCAGUCAGCACAAUGGCGGCAUUUCACUUGCUGGGACCCCAAAACCAUCAGGAGCCCCCAUGGACCAACCUUGCUGUCGGGCUCUCUAUGACUUUGAUCCGGAAAAUGAAGGGGAACUUGGCUUCAAGGAGGGAGAUAUCAUUACUCUCACCAACCAGAUUGAUGAAAACUGGUAUGAAGGGAUGCUUCACGGCCAGUCCGGCUUCUUCCCUAUUAAUUAUGUUGAUAUUCUGGUCCCUUUGCCCCACUAGGAUGUCUGCUGUAUACCAGAAAAUUUGUACCACUGCUUUUAAAAUGCUGCUUAACUUCAAAUCAUUCACAAGUACAAGGUGCAGUGGUUUUGAGUCUAAUGUUCCAUUGUCAUUUAUAUUUUGUUUUAUAUCUGUAAUUUCUUCAGGUGUUGUAUUUCUUUUACCUUAGAGUCCUAGAGUCCUUUAUAACAAUCACAAAAAAAAAAAAAAAAUUAAAAAUAAUUGUUGUGGCAUCUUUCUUUUAACCUGUACAUUGCCAUAGGUUGUAAUUGACAUAGUGGCUUUAGACUCAUCAAAUGUACUUUUCCCCCUUGUUUUUGCAAAAGCAAUGUCUGCGGAUUAUGAUGAUCUCAUGGAAAACAAAUGUGUGCAUUUUCCUAAUUUGUAAAUUAGAUUUUUGUUUUUUUUAAAAUGGUUAUUCUAUACUUCGCACUUUUCUUUGACAUGCAUGGGUUUUGUUUUUUCUGAAAGUGAAGUUAGGUGGUUUAUUUAACCUGGAGAAAGUUACAGUUCCAUAUGUUAUAUCAGGGUAUACAUAGAAAUAUUGUAAUUUUGCUGAAGAAAAGAAUAUAAAAACACCUGAAAGUUAUGCGGGUAAAGCAAACAAACAAAUAGCUGCAAUUUACAAAAAAGAAAGCACCACAUUUAAAACAACCUAUACACAUGUAGCAUAGUAGAAUAAUGGCUUUACAGAAUACAGAUUAGUAGCUAUGCCUGUCAUCACAAGAUGCAUGUUUUAAUGAAACACGUUAAAGGAGUUACUGAAGCUUUCAGCAGGGAAGCAGUUAUUUCAUGGAUGGCGACUUCUCAAAUGACCCAUAUAGGCACUCUGACAUCACUUAAAGUUUAUAUAUAUUUUGCUAUACUGCUUAUUUUUUCAGUAUUUUCUAUAAUGUUCGUGUUUAGAAACAUGUGUGCAGAAGCAGGCCCAAUAUUAGGCCAGGUACACAACAACCUGAGGUCUGACACUGUGUGAAGACUGAGUCUCUUUGUGCUCAACAGCACAUUCCAAAGCCAGGGGACACCAGUGUGCUUGUGGUUUACAUCUCUGGUGGGUACGCACCAAGUGCAUAGCUCCCUGGAAUCAGUUGCCACUCUAUUUUAUUACUGAGCUCAGGCCAGAUUUAGCAAUUGACAUGGUCUGCACCCCAUGGAGGUGCAGACCAGAUAAAGAGCCCACUGGACCACCAGGGAUCAACUCCUCCCUCUCUGGCCCAAGGUAAGCAAGAGGGAGGAAGAAAUAAAUAUUACAUUUUUUGGGGGGAAAAAAAAUAAAUAUUUUAACCUAAAGCAGGGGUUCUCAACCCAGUCCUCAAGG